UCUUCAUCAAACACAAAAUGAUACUAAAUAUUGAGUUUGGGUUUUAGAAGUCAGUAAUCAAACAAUGAUUAUAAUAUUGUUUUAAUGCGUCAUACGGGCCAUGUGAAAACAACAUGUUUUCCUUGUUUUUACCGAAGACCCAGAUUAAAAUGAGGGUCAAUACGAGCUUGGGAGCUCCAUUUUAGAGUUGGAGUUUUACAAGUCAGUACCAACGAAGGCAAUAAAGUGAAGGAAAUGGAGUCACCAUUCAGAGCAAAUAUACUGAAAGGCAAAGUAGCUUUGGUAACAGGAGGAGGCUCAGGAAUUGGAUUCGAGAUCUCAGUGCAGCUGGGGAAACAUGGAGCCUCAGUUGCCAUCAUGGGGCGGCGCAAACAUGUUCUCGACUCUGCUGUUGAUGUUCUUCGUUCCCAUGGCAUCCCUGCCAUAGGACUUGAGGGAGAUGUUAGAAGAGAAGAUGAUGCAGCUAGAACUGUGGAAUCAACUUUUAAGCAUUUUGGCAGGCUUGACAUCCUUGUCAAUGCCGCAGCUGGCAAUUUCCUUGUGCCUGCUCAGGAUUUAUCUCCCAAUGGCUUUCGAACAGUCAUUGAUAUAGAUUCUGUUGGAACUUUUAUAAUGUGUCAUGAGGCUCUCAAAUAUCUUAAGAAAGGGGGACUAGGGAAGGACCCUUCCACUGGUGGAACAAUAAUAAACAUAACUGCAACUUUACAUUAUGGAGCAACAUGGUACCAAAUUCAUGCAUCGGCAGCCAAGGCAGCUAUCGAUAGCAUUACCAGAAGCUUGGCAUUGGAAUGGGGUGAAGAUCAUGGCAUUCUAAUCAAUGGGAUUGCACCGGGGGCUAUCGAGGACACUGCUGGUGUCAGUAAACUUGCACCUGAGGAGGUACUGAGCAAGAUUGAAGAGAAACCUUUGUACUCAUUUGGGGAGAAAUGGGAUAUUGCAAUGGCUGCUCUCUAUCUUGCAUCUGAUGCAGGGAAAUUUGUGAAUGGAACAGUCUUGGUUGUUGAUGGAGGACAAUGGUUGAGCACACCCCGUUUGUUGUCGAAAGAUGCUGUCAGGCAACUGUCUAGAAGACAGGAGACAAGGUCUAGGGUUGCACCAACUGGGUUACCAAAGAGCAAAUUAUGAUAAUUCUUUAUGAUGUUUUUGUUGUUAAGGCUAUUCUGUUCUGUUUGGCUAUUAAGCUACUAUGGAUAUAUGUUUACUAUUGGUAAGAAUUGGCUUUUAUUAGCUAAGAAAGAACCCAUGAUAAUAACUUUCUUUUUUUC